AGCUUCUCCUCUCUUUCUGCAACUGGUUUUGGUUUAAGCCAUCACAGGGAGGAGGGGUUUCGGCUCAGAAGACCAACAGAGCGAGAUCUGACUCAUAAUUUGGAGACCCUUUUCAGAAAAAAAGAGGUCUUCUUUGGUGUAAUUAUCUUCGUUCUCCACAAGGGUUUCUUGGAUUUUUUGUGAGGCUGUCUUGUAGUUGGAGUCAUGGCGGUUGAGGUUGUGGGAUUUGAGAUGGUUCAAGGACCUGUGGAGAAUGGUGUUGAAGGACCAAAACCUGUUUUGCACGAGAAGGAGAAUGGCAAGGUGGAAAAAGAUCUGGGGGCUGCUGAGGCCAUAAAAUUUGGGACACAUGGAGAUGAAUCUGUCAAAGGGGAAGAGAAUAAUGUUUCAGAUGCCAAUGUCCCGAAAGAUGCUGUUGAAGAGUGGCCUGCACCUAAGCAGAUUCAUUCUUUUUAUUUUGUCAGGUGGCGGCCCUAUGAUGAUCCAACAAUCAAAUCUAAAGCUGAUCAGCUUGACAAAGAGAUCAGCAAGAAAAAUCAAUCCCGGUUUCAGAUCACUGAAGCACUGAAGGCAAAGCGGUCAGAACGAGCUGAGUUGAUUUCUCAGAUUAAGGCUCUUAGAGGUGACAGUAGGCAAUUUCAAAGUAUUGUGGAUGAGAAAAUAAAAGAGAUUGAACCUCUGCAGCAAGCACUGGGCAAGCUGCGCACCCCAAAUAAUGCGGGUCAGGGUGGUUUGUGCUCAUCUGAGGAGGAACUCAAUAGAGUUAUAUAUAGUUUGCAAUACCGCAUACAGCAUGAGAGCAUUCCAUUGACUGAGGAAAAACAAAUCCUCCGUGAAAUCAAACAGCUUGAAGGGACAAGGGAGAAGGUUAUUGCUAAUGCUGCAAUGAGGGCUAAGUUACAGGAAUCUAUGGGGCAGAAGGAAGCCAUUCAAGAUCAGGUUAAGCUUAUUGGUGGUGAUUUGGAUGGAGUGAAGAAAGAGAGACAAGCAAUUCGGUCCAAAAUCAAGCAGAUUGAUGAUGUACUCAAAACCAUUGACAAGGAUAUCCAGACUCUACAGGAUGAACUGGCUUCUGUUUCUCAGAAGAGGGACAAAUCAUUUGAGAGCAUGCAGCAGCUCAGAAAACAGCGUGAGGAGGGGAACACCUAUUUCUACCAAAGCCGUACAAUUCUGAACAAAGCACGGGAGCUGGCUGCAAAGAAAGAUAUUAACACUCUUGAUGAACUUGCACAGACAGAGGUUGAGAAAUUUAUGGCACACUGGAAUGGUGAGAAAACUUUUAGGAAUGAUUAUGAAAAAAGAAUUUUGCAAUCAUUGGACAUGCGGCAGUUGAGCCGGGAUGGACGGAUGAGGAACCCGGAUGAAAAACCAUUGCUAGAAGAACCAAAGCCUGCUGAGCCUGAGAUAUUACCAAAAACUGUCCCAAAACAGCCAAAGGAGGAUCCUAAGCCUUCUCCACAAGAAGCUUUGCCUGCUCAGAAAGAAUCCGAAAGCAAGGCGAGAGCUUUGAAAUCCAAACCGGAUAACAAGGCCAAGGACUUAGCUGAAACUGAUGAAUAUGAAUUCGAAAAUCCCCAAAAGGAGGCCCCUGCUAAAGAUCCUGAAAUUGAUCCAGCAAAGCUGAAAGAGAUGAAAAGAGAGGAGGAAAUUGCGAAAGCAAAGCUGGCCUUGGAAAGAAAGAAGAAGUUAGCAGAGAAAGCUGCAGCCAAAGCUGCCCUCAGAGCACAAAAGGAAGCUGAGAAGAAGCUUAAGGACCGAGAGAAGAAAGCAAAGAAGAAGUCUUCGGGCGCUGCAGCUGUUGCCAACCCUGAGGAUGAACCGAAUGAGGAAGUUGUAGAGGCUACAGAACCUGAAAAGGUUGACGAAGACGUUCAAGCCCCAGCUCCGGUGAAGGUAAAGGUCCAGAAGGAGAGUGGCAUCAGGUCCAGGGGCCGAGCAAGAGGCGGCCCGGAUUCAGUUCCAAAAGUUAUUCUUAAGAGGAAGAAGUCUAACAAUUACUGGAUGUGGCUUGCAGCUUCUGCUGCUUUGUUGGUCCUCCUGUUGGUGGUGCUUGGAUACAUCUAUCUUUUCUGAAAAGUUUAGCUGUGACACCAAUUUUCCUAGUGUGUGGCUAGGUUUGUGAGGGUAGACUAAGUUGUUCCUUUUCUAUACACAUCCUCUUGGGAGAAAGAUCAAACUAAACACACUUAGUUGUGCUUAGCUCCUGUUUUGGGGAGAAACUGCAUGCAUACUUUUAGCUUGACUUUGUACUUUGAAAUUUUGUUCAGAUUUCAUGAGAUGUUACUGGAACCUUGAAUUUGUUUAUGUAGUUAAUUGGUCACAGGAAUAGUACCGUGAUAUACUGAUAACUUUAUGAUGAGAUUUGACAUGUUGGUUAACAAGAAUAUCUGUAGAGGGUGAACAUGACAUUGAGGUGUGAUGUUAGAAUGUGAA